AUGCGGCUGCGCUCGGGGGUCUUCGCCGCCGGCUGCCUCCUGGUGCAGGCGCUCGGGGUGGGGCUGUUCCUCCGGGGCUUCUUUCCGGUGCCCGUGAGAUCCCUGCCCCGGAGAGAGGCCCGCGGGGUCCCGCCCGCUGAGCCGCCCCCGCCCGGCCCAGGAGUGACUUCUAAUUGGACCAAGAUUCCAUCACCCCUUUUCAAAAAAGCGGUCAUUGUAUUGAUAGAUGCUUUGAGAGAUGAUUUUGUGUUUGGAUCAAAGGGUAAACAGUUCAUGCCCUACACUACACAACUUGUUGAAAAAGGAACAUGCCACAGUUUCAUUGCUGAAGCGAAGCCACCCACUGUCACCAUGCCUCGAAUUAAGGCUUUGAUGACUGGUAGCAUACCUGGCUUCAUUGAUGUUAUCAUGAACCUUAAUUCUCCAGCACUCUUAGAAGACAAUCUGAUAUGGCAGGCAAAAACAGCUGGGAAAAGAAUAAUCUUUUAUGGUGACGACACUUGGGUUAAACUGUUUCCAAAGCAUUUUGUGGAAUAUGAUGGAACAACAUCAUUUUUUGUGUCAGAUUAUACUGAGGUCGAUGAUAACGUUACCAGGCAUUUGGAUAGUGUCUUAAAAAGAGAAGACUGGGAUAUACUAAUACUUCACUACCUAGGAUUGGACCAUAUUGGUCAUCUGACUGGACCAAACAGCCCUUUGGUGGGACCAAAGCUUUAUGAAAUGGAUAACAUCCUCAAGAAGAUUCAUACUUCACUCCUCUCAAAGGAAGAAGAAUCUUCUUUGCCCAACUUACUUAUUGUGUGUGGUGAUCAUGGGAUGUCCGAAACAGGCAGUCAUGGAGGUUCCUCAGAGGAAGAAGUUCAGACACCUCUGCUAUUUAUCAGCUCUGCUUUUGAAAAGAGAAAUGGCCCUUUAAAACAGCCAGAACUUGUGCAACAGACGGACUUAGCUGCUACGUUGGCAAUAGGUCUUGGCCUGCCAAUUUCAAGAAACAAUGUUGGGAAUAUUAUUCUCUCCAUUAUAGAAGGGAAAACAAUGAGAGAACAACUAAGGUUCUUGCAUUUAAAUGGGUUCCAGCUUAGUAGACUACUUCAGGAGAACAUGCCUACAUAUGAAAAAGAUCCUGGAUUUGAGCAUUUUAAGAUAGCAGAAAAAUCCCAUGGGAAUUGGAUCAAGCUCUACCUAGAGGGAAAUAAUUCAGAAGUCCUCUUAAACCUUGGCAAAAAGGUCCUUAAGCAAUAUUUAGAGGCUCUGAAGAUCCUGAGUUCUUCACUAAGCAAGCAAGUGGCACAAUACGACAUGUAUUCAAUGACGGUGGGGACUGUGAUAGUCCUGGAGGUUCUGCUUCUGCUUUUGCUCAGCAUGCCGAAAGCACUGAGCAGCAGGGCUGAAUUUGAAGUGCCACUCUCCCCUCCGCUGUUUUCUCUGCUGUUUUACUUGAUGUGCCUGAUGCUCUGUGCAGUUCAUGUAAUUGUAUGCACAUCAGCGGAAAGCUUGUGCUAUUUCUGCAGUAUAUCAUGGUUAAUGGCAGUUGGAGUGAUGAUGCUGAUUUCUGCACUUAUGUGUGUAAUUUUAUCCGCCUUUGGAAAGAUGCUUGAGAAUCCCAAACUUCCAGCUAAGAACCCAGCUGUCUCCAAUUCCAGCUGGUCAGAACUAGAUGUACUCAUGUUGGCAGGAACUGUUGGCCAUGCUGUGAGCCUGGGAGCAAGCAGCUUCGUUGAAGAGGAGCACCAAACCUGGUAUUUUCUUAUCAAUACUCUUUGUCUGGCACUGUGCCAGGAAAUUUGUAGACACUACUUUCUUGUGAAAGAAUGUGAUCUUCAGCUUAGUACUGCUGUGAAGCAAAAUUUUGAAGAUAUUGAGGAAACCGCCCAGUGCAGGAAUGUUGAUAUACCAUCAUGUGACUCAAAAUUGGGCAAAGUCACCUCUUCAGGUGAAUUUCUAAAAGGCUCAGAAAAGUGGAUGGGUUUAGCAAGUCCAUGGAUCAUCCUUAUUUGCUGUCGGUUACUUCGUUCAUUAAAUCAGACGGGAGUUCAGUGGGCUCAUCGACCUGACUUUGGACAUUGGUUGACAAGUUCUGAACAUAAAGCUGUACUGUCCCUUCUGGCAGCUAUCUCCUUAGUUAUGAUCUUUAUUCUGGUUCAGAGGAGAUGCUCCCUGGUUUCGAAAAUAGCGAUGGCACUUGGGCUCUUGGGAGUCUACAGUUACCGGGCAGCCAUUGGAAAUGUUGUAUUUCCAUGGCAACAAGACAGCAAAGAUAUCUCAAAGGGAAUUAUUGAAGCUCGUUUUGUUUAUGUCUUUGUUCUUGGCAUAAUCUUCACUGGAACCAAAGAUUUACUCAAAUCACAGGUUAUAUCUGCAGACUGCAAGACCAAGAGUAUCGGUUUAUGGGAAGUAUAUAGUGGAUUGGUUCUGCUAGCAGCCCUGCUAUUUAGACCCCAUAACCUGCCAGUUUUGGUGUUUUGCCUGCUGAUUCAAAUGAUAAUGACAAGAUGUAUCUGGAAGCCACUAAAAUUUGAUGCAGCUCAAAUUACUAUUAUGCAUUAUUGGUUUGGCCAAGCUUUCUUCUAUUUUCAGGGAAACUCAAAUAGUAUCGCUUCAGUGGAUAUUUCAGCUGGUUUUGUGGGAUUAGACAACUAUGUGGAAAUACCAGCAAUUUUUCUUACAGGGUUUGCAACGUAUGCAGGACCUUUGCUUUGGGCCAUUCACUUGCUGUGCUACUUGAGUUCUGAAGUUAGCAGGAAUUCGGCAGCAAUGGGUCAUGGCUGUUUCUGCUAUGCACUGAUAUGUUCGGUUCCAGUCACAGUCUACAUCAUUUUGGUAACAGGUCUACGGUACCACUUGUUCAUAUGGAGUGUGUUCUCACCUAAACUUCUUUAUGAGGGAGUGCGUGUGUUGAUCACAGCUGCUGUUUGCAUGUUCUUUACAGCCAUGGAUCAGAACCCGUCUCAGAAAAUCCAUGACUGA